AUGUCCAGUGACAGAAAGUGGCUACGCAUAAACCGCGACUUGCUAGUCUACAAAGCAUUUUAUUUCUUCUUUCUUAGUGGAUUUGGAAGUAUAUUUCCAUAUCUUCCGGUGUAUUUUCGACAGAUAGGUCUGCCCGCCAGUCAAGUUGGACUGCUGCUUGGCUUGCGCCCAAUUGUCCAGUUCGCCAGUGCACCAUUUUGGGCCAUCAUGGCAGACAGAUACAGGAAGCGAAAAUCUGUGUUGGUCAUGUCAGUUAUAUCCUGGCUCAUUAUGACAAUGACUUUAGCGUUCGUAGAGCCUACCAACGAAAUCUGUGAGAUUCGCCAAGGAAAUGACACUCAUCAACAUGUUGUGAAUUACACAAAAGUAAAAACAGGAUUUUUUAGACGUUCGCUGUGGCUACCCCUAACUGAACCUGAUACGCAAAUAGGAGAUGGGACGCAACAACAAGCCGAUUUAGACAUUGUGCCGAUACAUACUGAUCACAGAGAAAGAAAGUUAAAAAAUAUUUCACGUUCAAACGUAAGAGUGCUAGAGACUUCAAAUGUUGCGCAGUUUCACGAGGGUGAUCAUCGAUCUCUGAUCCUCUCCGAAGGAAAAAGGUCCUUUCAUGCGAGAAAUAGCAGUAACUUAUCUGCGCCGGUAACUAUAGCCGAGCAGCAAAAAGACAUGAGCGAUAUUUCAACUGUUACAACACUUAGUUCAAGUGGUAUAUUAACCAGGAAUCGUAACUCUAAAAACAAUAAACAACCGGAGCGUUUUUACAAGAAGGAUGGUCCAAAGUUACAAAACCUGACGAAAGAAACACAAUUAGCCACCGGUAAAGACGUUGUACUAUCCGCUGGGGAGCAAAUUAAAUCAAAACACUUUUCACGCUUUUAUAAAACCAGCAAUUUGACAGGUGAAAGCAAUAGACAUAGAAAUUUCUCGGAGCGUCGUCUUCAGAUUGAAAACACUUAUCAGAAGCUUCAAGGCAAAAAUGAUUCCACAAAGUCUGGGCUUAAGAGAAGCGAAAGACUUCGCGAAAACGCGACAAGAAACUUCACUCUCAACGUUCUGUCACCUGCACGCGCUCAUGAAAAGAAAGACAAUUCUUCUACUGACAAAAGACGGGAAAAUAAAGGUUCCCCACCCGUUGUAAUAGAGUUUUCGAGAAUUAUAAUUCCGCACAGUUCACAAAGUAAGGAUAAAACAACCGAGAACUCAUUCAACGCGAAAAAUGAAGACGGCUCCGGAAAUUUUGAACGAAGGCCACUUCUUGAAGAAACUGUGGUUCGGAAAACAGUUUUGCACUCAAAUGAACCGUCAACGACAGAGAGAGUAAAUGCGAAUAUUUCAGAUAUUUUGACACAGAUAAGUAAGCGACCAACAGAGAACAUUGAUCAAGGUAAUUUGUUACAGUUGGAGGAAAAAUUAUCAAAGAUGAUAGCAUUUGAUCAUCUAAAGACUAUCAAUGAAAGUAAUUCAUUACGGACAGGUAUAGGAGAGGGUCAGAAGAUAUCCAUUAAUGAUACGGCUGAUAAGACUUCAAGUUUACCCAGUAUUUCAUUAAACCGCUCACCACUUAAUCAAAUACAUGUUCAUAACAAAACUUUCUACACACAAAGCGAUACACUUCUUAAAAAUGAAUUGCACAAAUCCGAGACAAAAUUUAUAAGCCAUCAGGAGUCUUUCCCAGCUAUGGACAAAACAGACAAUGUAAGAGGCCAGUCGGAGGUCAAAACUUCAAAAGGUAACUUGGAGAGCGAUGAUUAUGGCUUAAUUAGCGGCUCUGCAAAUUCUGUCUUGGAUUCCUCCACAUGGUACACCUCAACUGAAGGAGAAGGCUCCUUUUACAACCCCCAAAAAGAGGAAAUCAAAAUAAAUGCAGCUUCUCAUCACAAUACUGAGAAAGUAUCCAAUGAUCUACAAAACAGUGCCUCUGAAAAAUACAGAGAAGCGAGCAGAAUUCAGUCAUUACACAAUGAGAGUUUACUUAUAACGGAUGGAUAUAUGUCAGGGGAAUCCCAAACCGCUAUAACUUCAGAUGCCGAGGAAACGAGAGAAACAAAUUUCAUGCAGGAAACCGGCUUAGUCACUAAGCUUUUGAAAAAAUCCGACAAAAAGUUACAAAUAUGGAUGACAAAUUUGCUAAAAACGAAUUCCCUUGAGCUGAAGAGAAUUUUUACAAUUCUUCUCGUGUUAGUUGUUGUGGGCGAGUUUUUAGAAGCUCCUUCCGCUACACUAGCAGACGCAUCCCUUUUAGAGCAUCUGGGUGAAGAACGACGAAACUAUGGAAAACAACGAUUAUGGGGUUCGCUCGGAUUCGGGUUAUCGUCGUUUCUUGUCGGAGUUCUAUUAGAGAGGUCUCGGCAUAUUGUUUGUGGCGAUCCAUACACGGACUACAUGAUAUGUUUCUGCGUAUUUGCGUUACUAAUGCUAACGACUUUGUUCAUAUCAACGACAUUUAAGUUCAAAUACAAAGAAACUGACACGAAACAAGCAAAUGUGCUUUGGGCCCUUUGUAACAUUCAUUACGGCUCAUGCCUAGCAGCUGCCUGCUUCAUGGGAGUUGGUCACGGAAUGUCUCAUAGUUUUCUCAACUGGUUUCUCGAAGAUCUAGGAGCCACAAAAACAUUGAUGGGUGUCGCUGUAAUUUGCCGAAGUUCUUUGGACUUGUUGACAUUUUUCGUGGCGGGAAGCCUGAUAAAGGCCGUUGGACAGAUAAAAAUUAUGAUCUGCGCGCUGAUCUCGUACGGAAUUGCCUUCACACUGUAUUCGUUACUCACUAACCCCUGGUGGGUUUUGCCAAUUGAAAUGUUAGUAGGGUGUACGUAUGCAGCCUCAUGGUCAGCUUGUACUUCAUAUAUGGCAGGUGCGGCGUCCUCAGAAUCAGUCACAACUAUUCAAGGUUGGUCCCUAUGCGAUUCCCUAUAUCUCUCUAGAUAGGCAUUUUCUCGUUAACUCCUUGAUCUUUCAGGAAUUGAAUGGAUUUUGUUCAACAUUUUGUUGGUUUUCUUCUUUUUCUUUACUACCCUGACCAGUGACCGUUUCGCACUUGAGACUUAGGACUCCAGAAUUGAAGAGAAUGAAAGGCUUGCUAACUUUUUUCUAUCAUUUGAAUAUUCUAUAAUGUGAACAGUUUAGAAAAGUUUAUAGCACAGAGUGGAAAAAUAUGUUUCUACCGGGAAUACUAAUGGCUCUUAUAAAAAAAAAAUCUGAAGGUCUAUUAUUUGUUUUAUAAACCGUGGAAAGUGAUCUUUAUUAAUCGUAGAAGUGAGCUUAGCUUUUUCAGCUAUUUUAAAGGAAAAAAUCCACUCAAAUAGUAAGAAAAAAUACCCGAAAAAGAAAAAACUGGCUGCAGGCAACCAGUUUGGUAUUAACAAACUUGGCUAGGAUUUGAACUCAGCUUUUUUCCCCUCUCGCCAAACAAACCACCAGCUACGCAGGCCUGGACGGCCGCGGAACAAAUCAAGGUAGUGGGGUGGGAAUCCAACUCGGGACUGCCGUAUUGCGAGUAUGACGCACUGAUCACCCGGCAACACUACCUGUUGUGUGGCCUAAAGCAAACUUUGUUUAGAUAAUUGUUCCAAAGGGUACAAUUUUUUUUAUUUUCAUAGGUAUUCUCCAAGGUGUUUACUGGGGACUGGGAACAGGCUCAGGUACUAUAGCAGGAGGGUUUCUUAUCCAUCAUAUUGGAGCAGUGGCUACAUUUCGCUGCGUCGCUUGCUGCGCCUUCGUGGCCUGCGUUUUGUUCUGUUUUGCGCAGAUGAGAUGGACGCAGGAGACAGCAGCGACUCGUCAACUAGACUUUGAGUACACGUAUCUACCCACAGUGGAGUCAAAAGAUACUGAAGAACUUUUACGAGGGUACAGAGUAUCCAAGGGUUCGAAGAAAAAGCAUAGUACGACGAUUCGGAGAUACGAAUAUCGGUAG